AUGAAGUUGGGAGCGCCCCCACAACCACCCAAAGAGAUGGUAGCUGAGACGCAGAGAAAGAGCGCAGACGUUGGGUCUGAAAAGCGCGACAGCGACAGAGACAGAAGAGACUUCGGCGGGUCCACAGAAAACUAUGGAGGCCCCACUGUCAGCCCUUCAACAACUACAGGCUACAUCCACGAUCGUUCGUGGCUGAGAGAGCAGUAUACCAAUCAGUUCGCCCGCUUUAUGGAUAUGAGGUCCUCUCCGGGUGUAAUGCUGCUGGGCCUCUGCACAACCACGGAGAUUAGAGAGAUGCCGGCCCACCUGCGCGAGACGCUCUGGAACCGCCUGCGCAGCCUCCUUUUAAAGCGCACAACGGAGAAUACAACGCCGGUGUCGCACGGCGAGUACCUCAGCGAAGGAUUUGAGUGCAGCACGUUGGACGCGUUCGAGUACGCGGGGCUUAACAUAGCCCCGCGAGUGUGGAUAAGCCCAUCGGGGCCGCGGCCCGAGGAGGGCGGGAUGCCGGUGAUUGGGAAAGAUGUGGAUGUGGGUGCGCUGAACUGGGCCCGCCGCGUGAAAAACGGAGAGGGCGGGAAUUUGGACUUCGUGGCGAAGAGGUGUGUGGAGCUGUGGGAGAACAGCGUGAGGUCUAGGCUGAUGGGGAUGCCAGUGUCGGGGCUGUGGAAGAGGGAACAGCUGUGGAGAACUGUAACAGCGGUUAUUGCGUAUAUUGAAUGUUUGGAUGCGAGGUAG